CUACCACUCCUACCACUCCUACCACUCCUACCACUCCUACCACUCCUACCACUCCUACCACUCCUACCGUUAUCCUGUUUCUUAUUCAUUUCCCAUCAUCGAUCCUCUCACAUCGACCUCACCAUCGAUAUUACACCAUCGAUAUUACGACACCACCAAGCCGCUUCUCACCGCUAAAUCUCCCGUCACCAUUGCUCGCUAAUGCUAGGAUCAGCCACGCCUUCCCCCGAUAUCAGCCAUGUCGAACCCCCCACUUCCCUCGGCCCCAGCCGCACCCUUGACCGAACCAUCCCAAGAACCGCCGACCUCUGCCAGCUCGUCCCCGCACUCACUCCGAUGUCCGGCAUCUCCUCAACCGGAACGCCCUCGGCGUCAGCCAUUUCUUUCAUCGGAAUGACCUCGACGUCAACCAUGACCUUUACCGGAGUGCCCUCGACAUCGGCCUGGCCCUCCACUUCACUACCCUCCAUCAGUGACUUCACCGCACCAGCCCCAGUGCCACUCUCGACCGACGCCAUACGACGUUCGACAUCACCCCUGCGCUUCACCAGAGCUCCGCCGAAACCAACCCUGACGCUCCUCGCAUUCCCUAAUGAGAUCCUCUAUAAUAUCCUCGAGUUCCUCGUUCCAGUCCACGUCGAAAACAUCCGCUCGCAUCCAUUCGUAGCUCUCUCCAGCUCGUGCCGGCUCCUAUACCACUUAAUAGAGACUCGCUGUUUCCGCAUCCUCAACAAUGCAGCCGAAGAUCCCAGGGUCCGUAAACCUAUAUUGCCACCAUUUAGGACGGCUCGAGAUAACUGUUUCCGGAAUGUACUCAUCCGGUGGCUCGCACGACGGUGCAGAUACUGCCUCAUGCCGUCGUCGCGGCUCGCAGCGAUGGACGAGAGCAUCCGCUGCUACCGCCCCUGCGAUGAGAAGCUGCACGAGCUGUACGACAUCAUUGACGUUGGCUCGGCUAAGGAGAUGUGGGGGUUGCGAGACAGCGAGCUGCUCGUGUAUCUCCCUCACGGCCCUCACGGCGAUAUGAGGAGAUCCCUGGUGCGUGCCUACGUCGAGCAGAAGUUCGGGUUCGACGCCGAUCUCAUCUGUGCGGCCAGGAGCGCCUAUAUACUGGCCAGGCCGGUUCCCAUGGAUGAGAACAAUUCUGCUCAAAGCCGCGAGCAGGCGGCCAGGACGUUCUGGGCCGACAUGCGUCAGGACUAGGGUGUGGUGCUCACGCAAACGGGGUUGAUGCUUAAGCGGCCCACCGACGAGCAGCUGGACCUAACCGAGGCGGCUUUCUGGAAGGCCUUUCACGCCAAGGAGGCAAAGAGAAAGUGGCGCAGAAUGGAGCGCGACAAUAGAGCCGCCAUUGGUCUCAUACUAGUGAGGGAGGAAUACGCGGAUAUGAGGAGCAACUGGUACAAUGAGGUCGCGGGCAAUAAUCCUGCUGUCAUACUUGGCACGGUCAAGCAUGGAGACGAGGUCCGCAGGUUGACGGACAAGUACGAGGAACGUCAGGCCCGCAAGGGUGUUUGAUUUUCUCGGGGUUUCUUUUCUCGGGAGUUUUUAAUCCGUUCUGAGUGCGCAUGUCUUUGCUUUUUUGUGGCCUGACAUUAUUUUUUUUUGCUUUAUAAUCAAUAUUUUUUUUACUUGUUUACUUAAACCCGU